AUGCGCCUCAGCAUCGGUAUUGGUCUGGGCGUGGUGCUGUUGGGAUCCUCGGUGCUCGGCUACGAAGUCAAGACACCACCGCUCGACACAGACUGGACCUACAAGGUCGGGACUGAUCCGUGGCCUGAGUAUCCGCGGCCUCUACUUCAAAGGUCUCGGUGGCAGAGUUUGAACGGUGUCUGGAAGUGGAGACCUGCGUCGGGCUUGGACGAGGCCCGCAUGGCUCCCCUCAACGAGACACUGACACAAGACGUCUUGGUGCCGUCAUGUCUUGAAAGUGGACUCUCCGGUGUGCAGGAGCUCAACGUCACCUACGCGUGGUUCGACCGAGAGUUCCAGGUUCCCCGGGGCUGGUCGGCACACAACCAACGCUUCAUUAUCAACUUCGAAGCUGUCGAUUACGAGGCAACUGUUUUCAUCAACGGCCGCAAAGCCGGGUUUCACAGAGGUGGAUAUUGGCACUUCAGCGUCGAUGCUACUGAAUUCGUCAAUUUCAAGGGGACCAAUAAACUGUUAGAAAGCCCUGUCCAAGUUUUCGUUUUUGACCCGACAGACAUGGAAGGCUACAACAUACCCCACGGGAAGCAGGUUCGAAACCCGUCACACAUAUUCUACAGGCCGUGUACUGGUAUUUGGCAAACUGUUUGGAUGGAAUCAGUUCCAACUUCUUUUAUCACCCGCUUGGAUAUUGCGGCAGGCAUGGAUGGUCAAGUCGACAUGACUGUCUUGAGUUCUGGCGCUUCUGAAAGUGUUUCUGUCUCGGUUCUCGACGACAGCGGGAACGUUGUGGCGUCACACGACGCCACCUCUAAUGAACCAUUUAGCUUUGUCGUCGACUCACCGCAGCUGUGGUCGCCCGACUCUCCCACUCUGUACAACUUGACGGUCAGCAUGGGCGGGGACGAAGUCACCAGCUACACGGGCUUUCGGACCAUUUCGUCGGGCGAGGUCAAUGGAGUCCUAAGACCACUGUUGAACGGGAAGUUCCUGUUUCAGUUCGGCACUCUGGACCAAGGCUUUUGGCCCGACGGCUUAUACACCCCUCCAAACCGUGAGGCUAUGGUGUAUGACCUGAAAGUGCUCAAGGAUUUAGGAGCAAACAUGCUACGCAAACACAUCAAAGUCGAGAAUGCUCUGUUUUACCAAGCCUGUGACCAGAUGGGGCUUUUGCUCAUUCAGGACAUGCCAUCAAUGAAGGAUGAUUCUGUGAAAUAUGUUCCUACAGACGCAGAGCAAGCCGAAUUUGAGCGACAGUUCGAGCUUCUUAUCAAUCAGCACAAGAGCUAUCCCAGCAUCGCCACAUGGAUUGUUUACAACGAAGGCUGGGGCCAGUACAGAGACGGACGAACUCCGGAAAUCGGAUUGACAGCCCGCGCGAAAGAGCUGGACCCAACGAGACUUGUCGACUCGACCAGUGGCUGGUACGAUCAUGGAGCAGGGGACUGGCACGACAAUCACCAUUAUGCCAACCCGCAAUGCGGCAGUAAAUUCUACAGUGCAAUUGAACAGCUCAACUCGAGCCCAUAUGAUCCGUCCCGCAUUGCCAUACAGGGGGAAUUCGGCGGCAUUGGCCACAAUAUUUCCGAGCAGCAUCUCUGGAAAGUUCAAGCAGCCAUUAACACGAUCAAUCAGACGUACGAAAUCAACGAAGACCUUGAUGCGUACAAUUAUCGAGGUCAUCUACUCAUGAGCGAACUCCUUGACCAAGUCAAAAUGUACUCAUGCAGUGGCGCCGUGUGGACGCAGACGACGGAUGUCGAGGGCGAAGUCAACGGAUUCCUCACUUAUGAUCGACGAUUUCUUCGUCUAGACAAAAAGCAGUGGAAGGCGGAUAUCCAGGCUCUUUACGACGCUGCCCACGCUCGAGGCGGUUACGCAAUGACGGAGAUGUUUUAGCUAACUAAUGUGGAUCGUUGUCCAAUCCGAGUAACGGGAACAAUUCGAGAUGCAAAACUUGUUGGGUAUUAAUCCUGUAACUAUAGUAUUAAUAGUCAUCAACCUGCGUAUUGAUCAGACUCCUUAUUGUUAUGCCCACCGGCUUUAUUCG